UCAGUGUUCAGGAGAUUAUCGCAAGAUAUCCAUUGAUUUUCAGGCUUAUCACAAUGUUAAACAAGAAAAAAAUAACUGUUUCCUCGCUCCGAGGUAGCAAACCACUAUGCAGCAUUGACCUCAUAGACUCCAUAGCAGCAUAGACCUAACUGUUACUCCACUCCGAGGUAGCCAAUCACCACUAAGCAUAGACCCCCCAAACUGUUACCCAACUCCGAGGUAGCCAAUCACCACUAAGCAAAGAUUCACUAACUGUUACCCCACUCCGAGGUAGCCAAUAACCACUGAGCAUAGACCCCCCUAACUGUUACCCCACUUCGAGGUAGCCAAUCACCACUAAGCAUAGAUUCCCUAACUGUUAUCCCACUUCGAGAUAGCUAAUCACCACUAAGCAUAUACCCCCCCUAACUGUUACCCCACUUCGAGGUAGCUAAUCACCACUAAGCAUAGAUUCCCUACUGUUACCCCACUCCGAGGUAGCCAAUGACCACUAAGCAUAGAUUCCCUAACUGUAACCCCACUCCGAGGUAGCCAAUCACCACUAAGCAUAGAUUCCCUAACUGUAACCCAACUCCGAGGUAGCCAAUCACCACUGAGCAUAGACCCCCCAAACUGUUACCCAACUCCGAGGUAGCCAAUCACCACUAAGCAAAGAUUCACUAACUGUUACCCCACUCCGAGGUAGCCAAUAACCACUGAGCAUAGACCCCCCUAACUGUUACCCCACUUCGAGGUAGCCAAUCACCACUAAGCAUAGAUUCCCUAACUGUUAUCCCACUCCGAGGUAGCCAAUCACCACUAAGCAUAGAUUCCCUAACUGUAACCCCACUCCGAGGUAGCCAACCAUCACUGAGAACUGCUUCCUUGGUUGUCGGGAAAGAUUCUAGUUUGCUCCGACAGCGACAGCAUCAACACACACUGGAUGUGCCUUGCAGCGAAAGCAGCGCUGAAUGAUGUCAUUACAAAGAAUCUCAUCGUCGAUGAAAAUAUUGAUAUUUAUUUGUGCUGGGCAUGUUAAUAUAUGAACUCGUGAUCAAUGCAAUAAUAUUGUUAAUGUUUUAAUCGCCAAGACGGAAUCACUUUUCAUUGUUGGAAUGACUCUCUGAAAUACACACCAAGAAGAAAGUUUCUCUGAAAACAUCGCGCCAUCUCGGAUUUAAUUGGUAAACUCAUUCAUGGUGAAAUAAAAACAGUUGCCCAAAGCUAACACAUACAUGUUUACUUGCAGUUCUAACCGAUUGUCAUCUCUGACAUUGAGAAAUCGACUCAGAACAGCAGGUUUGAGGUGAGGGAGGGUGAUUAAGUGACCCAUACGCUCAGAUCGUCAUCGCAGGGACCGUUUGGCAUGGUGUAUGGUGAAACGUGGCAUUAACUUAAGGCCAUGUAGGAUCCACUUGUCGGAUGAGAACAGGUUCUUGUUGUUCAUGUUACAUGUUAAAGACGGACGUGUUACAGACAGACAUGUGUUACAGACAGACGGACAUGUUACAGACGGACGUGUUACAGACGGACAUGUUACAGACGGACGUGUUACAGACGGUGGAGUGACAGACGCACAUGUGUUACAGACGGACAUGUUACAGACGUGCUACAGAGAUAUGUGUAACAGACAGACAUAUGUUUUUCACACAGACGGACAUGUCAUAGUCAGAUGUGUUACAGACGGGCAUGUUACAGACGGACGUUUUACAGAGAUUUGUGUUACGGACAGACGGACAUGUAACAGACGUGUUUCAGACGGACGUGAUACAGAGGGACAUUUUACAGACGGACGUUUUACAGACAGACAUGUGUUACGGACAGACGGACAUGUUACAGACGAAAGAUCUACCCUGUCUAUACUUCCAUCAGUGUCUAGAUCUACCCAGUCCACACACCCAUCAGUGUCUAGAUCUACCCAGUCCACACUUCCAUCAGUGUCUAGAUCUACCCAGGCCACACUUCCAUCAGUGUCUAGAUCUACCCAGUCCACACUUCCAUCAGUGUCUAGAUCUACCCAGUCAAUACUUCCAUCAGUGUCUAGAUCUACCCAGUCAAUACUUCCAUGGGAGUCUAGAUCUACCCAGUCCACACUUCCAUCAGUGUCUAGAUCUACCCAGUCCACACUUCCAUCAGUGUCUAGAUCUACCCAGUCCACACUUCCAUCAGUGUCUAGAUCUACCCAGUCCACACUUCCAUCAGUGUCUAGAUCUACCCAGUCCACACUUCCAUCAGUGUCUAGAUCUACCCAGUCAAUACUUCCAUCAGUGUCUAGAUCUACCCAGUCAAUACUUCCAUGGGAGUCUAGAUCUACCCAGUCCACACUUCCAUCAGUGUCUAGAUCUACCCAGUCCACACUUCCAUCAGUGUCUAGAUCUACCCAGUCCACACUUCCAUCAGUGUCUAGAUCUACCCAGUCCACACUUCCAUCAGUGUCUAGAUCUACCCAGUCAAUACUUCCAUCAGUGUCUAGAUCUACCCAGUCCACACUUCCAUCAGUGUCUAGAUCUACCCAGUCCACACUUCCAUCAGUGUCUAGAUCUACCCAGUCCACACUUCCAUCAGUGUCUAGAUCUACCCAGUCCACACUUCCAUCAGUGUCUAGAUCUACCCAGUCCACACUUCCAUCAGUGUCUAGAUCUACCCAGUCCACACUUCCAUCAGUGUCUAGAUCUACCCAGUCCACACUUCCAUCAGUGUCUAGAUCUACCCAGUCCACACUUCCAUCAGUGUCUAGAUCUACCCAGUCCACACUUCCAUCAGUGUCUAGAUCUACCCAGUCCACACUUCCAUCAGUGUCUAGAUCUACCCAGUCAAUACUUCCAUCAGUGUCUAGAUCUACCCAGUCAAUACUUCCAUCAGUGUCUAGAUCUACCCAGUCAAUACUUCCAUCAGUGUCUAGAUCUACCCAGUCAAUACUUCCAUCAGUGUCUAGAUCUACCCAGUCCACACUUCCAUCAGUGUCUAGAUCUACCCAGUCCACACUUCCAUCAGUGUCUAGAUCUACCCAGUCCACACUUCCAUCAGUGUCUAGAUCUACCCAGUCCACACUUCCAUCAGUGUCUAGAUCUACCCAGUCAAUACUUCCAUCAGUGUCUAGAUCUACCCAGUCAAUACUUCCAUGGGAGUCUAGAUCUACCCAGUCCACACUUCCAUCAGUGUCUAGAUCUACCCAGUCCACACAUCCAUCAGUGUCUAGAUCUACCCAGUCCACAAUUCCAUCAGUGUCUCGAUCUAGCCAUCAUAUAUUUAAAAUCAACACCAAGUGUCUGAAAAUGUUGGGAUUAAAAGUACAUGUCUAUAUUGUUUGGCUUCUAAUCCUAGCAUAAUUAAUCUUUUGUGACGUUUUUGAGCCCGUUUGGCCGUCUUAAUCAUUUUUAGUCAAUCUAUUAUUUAAAUGAACAGAUUUUUCAAUUUGUAAAAUGACUGAAAUAUUUAGACAGUUUAUAAAUUGCCUGCGUGAAUCACAUUUUACACAUUGACUAUAACAUAUACACGCUUACAAAACAACGUCGAAGAACUUCCCAACC